AUGUCUCAAAAACAAAAAGAACGAAAAGAACAGCCUCAAAUAGAGGGAAAUGCUUAUUUGCAGGAACGAUCUAUGCAGCAAGGGUUAGAUUGGAGCUUGGAUCCAAUGGAUUCUAUUGAUGAGCUUUUCAGAGAUUUCGAGAGAGGAACCAAUAAGGAGUGCAGCAGUGCUUCAACCGUUGAUCCUGAGCCUAACAAACAUUUUAAUCAAUUUAGCACAAAAGCUCCAAGGAAGGCUUUGAAGGCUCCGAGAAAAGCGAUAAAAGUUCCUCAAACCUCCCCUCCAAAGACUAAAAAGCCUAGAAGGUGGAAAAAGGGUACUGUUGCUUUGAGAGAAAUUAAAAAGUAUCAACGAAGUACUGAACUAUUAAUUCCAAAGGCAAAUUUUGUGAGAAUAGUUCGAGAUAUAGCAAAUAGAGGUAGAGAGGAUAGUCCCUUUCGCUUCUCGGCUGAUGCAUUGUUAGCUUUGCAAGAAGUAGCAGAGCAUUAUCUGGUCAACUUGUUCGAAAAUGCGUAUCUUUGUUGUAAGUAUUAUCGUUGUCAUCUUGAAAACUCUAUCAACCUACAAGCACUCCACGCGGGACGAGUAACUCUAAUGACAAAGGACAUUGAAUUGAUAAAAAGAAUUAUGGAAUUGAAUUGA